AUGUUAUUAGGAGACUUCAACGCCCAUUCCACCAGAUGGGGCUACAAAGAUACAAACAUAGCUGGAAAGGAAAUUGAAGACAUACUAAACAGCAACCCUCUGGUACUUAUUUACAGCAAUGAGGAUUCGGCUACAUAUUUGCACUACAAUGGAACCAGAACAACUCCUGACUUACUCCUGCCUUCAAGCGACAUCAGCGAGCAUACACUCUGCAAAAUAAUUGACGAUCCUGAGAAUGAACUUCACACAAGUCCCCUCAACUUCAACCAACAUCCUGACAAACUUUGCAACAAUAUCACGAGUAUUAUGAUCCGAUGUGCAAAGAAAACUAUUCCCCAAGGCAAGACUAAACACUAUCGAGUGUUUUGGUAUAGACACCUUGAGAAACUGAAAAGAAAGAGGGACGCCCUUCGCAACACUGCUGAUCAGACUGGAAGAACGAAAGACGUAAAAGCCUGGAGACGACAAUCAGCUGUUCUAAGACAAGUCCUCUUGCAAGCUACACGAGCUUACUUCGACAAAUUCAUCUCAAAUAUCAACUAUAAAAAUGAUAGCCAACGCACUUUCAAAUUCCCGGGUGACAUUCAAAACAACCGGCAAAGACCCAAGAAAGAACCAAUACGUUUAAAAAACAAACAGCUUACCACCGACUCCGAAAUAGCUAACUGCUUUGCAAGUGUGGAAUUGAGGAAGCAUCAUAGAAUUAAUGGAAUCGAACCAGCUGAUGAGCCGUACUUUUACUUCGCUUCCCACUUCUACGUUGACAAAUUUGCUGCAGAUGAGUCAUAA